CAGCCAUUUCUGUCUUAAGAGGAAUAGAAAAGAAGAGGUUUAUCUAUAGCUCUAGGAAGAGUUUACAUAUAGAAAACAGUCAGGAAUACCUCCAUCUAAGCUUUAUCAAAGGUUUCUUGGAAUACUGGUGGAAUGGGAAAGAGUCUGGACUUCAUUAUUCUACUCCUUGCUUCAGACUUGGCUGUGCUGCUUAGUAGUAAGUUCACUUCAGGGACAGGCCUUCGAUAAUUUGAAUCCGCUACACAUGGAGCACAAAGAUGAUGAUGAUGAUGAUGAUGUGUCUUUUGCCAAAUGGAUGAGCAGCUUCUGGGGACACAGCUGGACAGAAGAAAAUGAGAGAGGACUCCGGGACCGUCAUGGAUCACAAGACGCCACUUACAGGAAAACCUCCCUGCCCUGCCCAAAAAUUUUUAUUCUGUAUUCCCAGUUUCCUGCGCUUCCCAGAAUCACAUCGUCUGAUAGCCAUCCCAGAAGGCAUUCUCAUGAGGACCAGGGAUUUCGAUGCCAUACCCGCACGCUGGAUUACAGAAAAUGCUCAGCAGAUGAGUCAUUCAAGGAGCCACUGGAAUCAAAAGGAAGAGCCCAUUCCAAAAUUCAAGCAUUUUCAGAGUCCUUUGAACAGCAACUGUGCUUUAGAACCAAACGCUCUGUCUCUUUGGGACCUGAGAGCAGAAAGGAGAGAAGUGAAAGGGAAUGCCUGAGGAUGGAGAUAAAAUCUCGAAAGAAAGUGAAGGAAAGAAGGAACUCUAGGAAGGAAGAACAUGGAGAAGCAUACAUGCCCCCCUUGCUUGAAAAAGAGCCCAAAUAGUAUUUUGUUUCCACAUCAUGUCUCCAGAUACCACUGUGGUUUUUGGGUCCCAGUAUGCCAGGCCAGGUGGUGGUAGCUGUGACGAGGGUCCGCAGCCGCUGAGUGACUGCGGUGGGUGCCGCUGCUCCCCAAGAUGACUCGCACUGGACUCCAACUGCUUCUGAUGUCUUAGUCGAGAGUGUGAUGUGCUAUGUUGUCCUUUUAUGGGAAUAAGGAGAAUGAAAGGUAUUUUAAUAGAAUAAGUGAUUCUUAAAAAUGUAAAGAAAGGUAUUUAAAGAGCCACCCACCCGUCUUCACUAACUCUUCUUCCACAUCAACCUUGCAAAUCAUUUUAAAUAAAAGUCAUUGGUGUGACUCUAAGUUUA